AUGGGAUUCAUUGAGGAUUUUGCAAUGCAAUCUGUUGCAUGCAAGAAUGAAUGGAAACUCUAUUUGUGGGUUACUCAACUGUUAUCAGAUACUGGAGGUCUCUUGCAUGCAAUGGAAAGUCUGCUUUUGGGGGAGAACCUCAACCAAGCAGCACAAUUUUUCAACAAACUCAAGGAACAGGAUGCAGGUUACAUCCUCAACAGAGUUGCAGUAGACCUGGAUAAGCAAUAUGGGAUCACUGGCUGGGUGUAUAAGGAAAAGCUUGACCGUAUUCCAAGCAAAUUGAAAUUGGUCUUUGCAUUUGAUGAGACGCGGUAUUUGCUUCCAUCUACAGAAAAACCAAUAGACCACUAUUACUGGCUUCAGAUCAUUUUGCAUAUGCUUGCUGAAGUACAGUAUGCAGAUUAUUGUAUCUUUGCUGUUGUAACAGACACAAUGGGGAAACUGUCCAAUUUUGCACCACAGGGUAAACAUGAUCCUUCUUUGCGAGUACAGAGUGGGAGUCAUGAACUGUACCCUCCAUACUAUCUACUUGACACAUUUGACAUCCAUGUUCAUAAGGCUGCUUUGGAACCAAGGACAUUGAAUGAAGCUGCCAAAUGUGACUAUGUUUUCCGAUUUGGCAGGCCUUUAUGUAAGGCUAGCAAUGGCAAAACUUGGGUUUGCACAAUCAAAACUAUGAGAUUUCAGUAUGGCCAUUGCAUCCUCGAUUCACGUCUUCACCUUGAUAUUUCACCGCAAUCUGAGUUGGCAACUGAUUUGGUCUCGAAUUAUAUGCGUUUGAUGAUGUACAUGUCUGAGGAUUGUCAAACAGUUGUCACAGCCUCACCAUCUGAACCUCCUUUAGCCAUGGCAGCAGCAGCAAUAAUGAAUCAUGAGGAUGUUAGGAUUAGCAACAUCCUUAAUCAUUGGAUUCAGGGAAUCAGAAAAGGUUUUGUUCUACGUGGUUACCGUGGAGAGACUAUUGCUCAGUUUAUUUUGCUGAUGGCUUGGGAUAAACAUGCAGCUGCUCGAUCUUCUCCCUUGAGUAUCAAAUUUGCAGAACCAAUAAUUAUCUAUGAUUACCUCAGGUCGCUGUUUGUUGAGAAAGUUUUUACGGAUAUCUGGCAAAACAUAAAGGACACGGAGUUGGCAAAGGGAUGGGUUCGUUUCAACCAUUUUGCGGGAGUAUCUUACACACCAACGAAGCAUGAUUUACUCGAGUUUGCCAAGCGUGGAGCGGCAGUUUAUUGUAAAGAGUGUCAGAGGGGUGUCGAUUUAGUGAUUCCAGUUCUAAUUGAUGGCAAUUUGGAUGUUAAGAGUGUUACAUUUAUAUUAGUACAGGUCAAAAAUCACGUUACAACGACAGCAUAUCGCGUGGACGCCACCUCAAAACUCACGCCUGCGUAUAUGAAGAUGGAAGAUGCUGCAGAUUGCAUAUUGCCCUAUCUAUCUUUGUAUAUGCAAAUUGGUACUGAAGGACAUCGUUAUAAUAUUCUAUCAAGUCACGGGCAGAAUAGGAAGAUUCAGAUAUCAUGCGCGCUUUUUGGGAUAAGCAAAGAGCUGUACGGUUGUCUGAAUUUGAGGCAGGACGAUGAGACACUGGAAGUUGAGAAGUCAUUGAAAGAAUUGCGAACAGCAUCUGUGGAUCUUAUGCAAUUGAUAGAGGGUGAAGAGAAUAAGGCGAUUGUUCGUCGUAUGUUACCGCUUUAUUAUCCGAAAAGGAGGAAAACCUGA